UACUUUCAAGCAUGAACAGAUCAUAUUAAUUACAGAAAGAAGUAAAAUCUGAGAGACCCAUUUGGGGAAGGUAAAAAAGGAACGGAAUGGUUAAGUGGGUACCCCAUAUUCAAGCCAAAGCUUGGGGUUUGUGGCUUUUGCAACUGGUUUUGGUGGACCAUAAUGGGAAGAAGAAGGAGAUUGAGAUAGAUGCAAACUCGCCUUCACUUCACUGGACCACUGAUGUUGAAUUUUUUCUUAAAUUUAGAAAGAAAACAGAGGAGGAGGCAAUGAGGGAUGAGAAUUCAAAGAAAAGCAAGCUCUCAUGGUCCAAGAAAAUGGUGACAAAAUGGUUUAAUAUCAAAACUAGAACUGGAAGGGAGGAUUAUCUGGAAGAUCAUGGUGUUCAUGAAGAGAAAUCUAGUGAGAGAGUAGAGCGUAGCCAACAUGAACUUAUGAAUAUCGACGAUCCUCGUAUCGUAGACGUACAGAACUAUAGCAUUUUUGUUGCUACAUGGAAUGUUGGUGGCAGAUCCCCUCCUAGUAAUCUAAGUUUGGAAGACUGGCUUCAUACUUCAGCCCCUGCAGACAUUUAUGUACUUGGAUUUCAAGAGAUAGUACCAUUGAAUGCUGGUAACGUGUUGGGCGGGGAGGACAGCGGUCCGGCCAGAAAAUGGCUAACGCUCAUUCAGAAAACGCUAAACGAUCUUCCCGGAACAGGAGAUGAAGGGUGUUCCUACAUGCCAUCUCCCAUCCCUGAGCCAGUCAUGGAAGUUAAUGAUGAUUUUGACGAAUCAUUGAGGCUGAAGAACUCAUCUUACUUUCUUCGUCGAUCGUUUCAUACAACUAAUAGUGGUGGAUCAUCAAACCAACUUGAUAGAAGAUUUAGCAUCUCGAAUCAUGUGAUGUUCGACCACCGGUCUAGUGACUACGAGUCGAGUUUCAGAUGGGGACACAGGCUAAGUAACUAUACCAGGAAAAGUGAUUAUUGUAGGCAAAGCAAUGAGUCAAGGCCAAGUGAUUACUCGAAAUGGGGAUCGUCCGAAGAUGAUGGAUGUCAUGGGGAUUUGACUAGUGAAACGUUAUAUUCACCGCCGUUAUAUAAUGGAUCCACAUCCAAGGAAGACGAACACGGGACGUCGGGACAUUCACGGUAUUGCUUGGUUGCUAAUAAACAAAUGGUUGGUGUUUUUCUCACGAUAUGGAUCAGGAGCGAGUUGAAGGAUAGCAUACGGAACACGAAAGUAUCCUGUGUUGGUAGAGGAUUGAUGGGUUACCUAGGAAAUAAGGGAUCAAUUUCAGUCAGUUUGUCUUUGCAUCAAACAAGCUUUUGCUUCAUCUGUAGUCACUUAACCUCAGGACAGAAACAGGGCGAUGAGUUAAGAAGGAAUUCUGAUGUGAUCGAGAUACUGAAGAAGACUCGGUUUCGGUCUGAUCGAGCCUUUCCUCAUCAGAAAUCACCCCAAACGAUCCUCGAGCAUGAUCGAGUUAUCUGGUUUGGGGAUUUGAAUUACCGAAUCGCUCUCUCUCACCGCUCGGCCAAGGCGCUUGUUGAGAUGCAAAAUUGGAGAGUAUUGCUUGAGAAUGAUCAGUUACGUAAUGAGCAGAUUUACGGUCGAGUCUUCGUUGGAUGGAACGAAGGCAAUAUAUAUUUUCCACCAACUUACAAAUACUCGAAUAAUUCAGACCAGUACUCCGGGGACGGUAUGUACUGGAAGGAGAAACGUAGGACUCCUGCUUGGUGUGAUCGGAUUUUGUGGUAUGGGGAAGGUCUCCAUCAGUUGUCGUAUGUUCGAGGUGAGUCCCGGUUUUCGGAUCAUAGACCUGUUUAUGGCUUGUUUUGUGCUGAGGUAGAGUCAAACCGUGGCGAAUCAAAGAAAAACAUGGGUGGUAGUUCUAAGGUUGAUGUGGAGGAGCUCCUACCAUACUCUCAUGGAUAUACUGAGCUGAACUUUUACUGAAAGAGUGUCAUGAAACAGUAAUACAUUGCAGCCACGAUACUCUUCGAACGGUUCUCAGAAAGCUUUCAUGUCCAGAAAGCGGGACGGUCGGUGAUCCACAGUGGUUUCCAACAGAUCAUGACCUCAAAUAAUCAAAACUCCAUUAGUUCCGAGUCUUUUGCAGGUGAUUCAUUGGUAGAUUAUGAUGAUCAUGAUUUUAUUCUGGGCUCAAACUCCAGCCGAAGAUGGUUCAGGCAUUCUGAAACAUAUGGAACAACAAGUUUUGACGAGUUUUUCUGAUAGAACCAGGAACAAGGUUUGAAGAAUGAUCUUGAAAUUUUGGAAUCUUGGGUACAUCAGAAACCGAGCCCGAGCAUAAACAUAUCUCAGUGAUAAUGAAUAGCUAAGUUAAUCGAUGUAUCGAGUUCAUGACAUUUAACUAUAUGAAUUUUGUAGACAUGGAUUCAACUAGUAAAUAGAAUUACACAAUCUACAGACUAAGAUGAAGGUUUA